CGCUGAGUUUUGUUCUGUGGUGAAAUGCUACAUCUUUUAAAUACAGAAGCUCUUUACUGCGAUUGGCCUCCAUCACAGAGCUGAAUUUAAGACGCUUGCCUGAAAUCUGAAGUCUCUGUGAUCAUCAUUAUGAAGCCUUUAGUUUACACCUGAGAAAUUUGCUCCAGGAUGUUUCAUAAUACUGCCUCCAUCCACAGCAUAGGUGAAAUAGCACUCUAAGACUUUUAAACAAACCAGUACAAUGCCCUCCAGAAUUAAUGGCACCCUUAGUAAAAAUGAUGUUCAGUUGCUGUGUCUACCUUUAAAUACUCCGCUUUGUGUUUUUGGGUCUUUCUUUGUGCUUAACGGUAUUUUUCAUCGUAUAUGUGCAGAUCAGCAACCAUCUGUGUCUUAUUGUUUAAAGUCUGUUUUAGAGAUGCAAUAAUACGUUUUUUUUUUCCCAGACAACAGUACAAGUAUGAGUAAAUUUUUUUUUGGUAAUCAUUGAAAAUGAUACCAAUACUGAUCAGUUGCGAAACCCAAAAAACUAGGGGCUACAUUGUGGUGUUAACAUUAUUUACAAAAAUCAGUUCUCGCUUGCUAGGAGCUGCCACAAGCUGCUUUGAGUGACAUUACUCAGCAAGCGGUGUAGAUUUUUCUGCAUGAUGUGUAGCCGUGCAGCAGGCUACUUCAUUAAAGAGUUUACCUUCUCUGAAACGGUUGCCACAUCGUGCCUUUUCCAUAUAAAUCCUACAAACAUAAAACAACUCAUUUUUGAAAUAUCACACUCAUGAGAAUCUUAGACAGGUGCACUGACGGACUGAUCCAUGGACAGACGAAUGUAGUGGUAGCUCAGUGGUAAAACUGCCACUGCUGGGCCCUUGAGCAAGGCCCUUAACCCUCAACUGCUCAGUUGUAUAAAAAUGACAUAAAUGUAAGUCGCUCUGGAUAAGGGCGUCUGCCAUAUACUGUAAAUGUAUGCACAGACAGACUAAUGGCAAAAAUUGUAAAUAGCCAGAAAAUGGGCCUUGAGUUCCUGAACAUGAAGUAAAAUCUCUGUAUGAUGAACAAGAAGCAAGCUAUUAAAGAAAAAAUCUAUUUCAACCAUUUGACUUUGAUGUGACCUUGACCCUGUUUGGAUCAAUUCCGAAAUCUAAUCAGUUCAUCUGCUGGUUACAAUGAUAAUUCCAUAUAAAUCAUACAAACCUUCAACCCCUUGUUGCUGAGAUAUCGCAUUAACAAGAAUCUCAGACAGACAGAACAACCUAAUCACCGCAACCUAAUCCGACAGACCGCUAUAAUGGUUCUCCUCAGAUUUAAAAGAAAUCUUAGCUACAAGAAUCUGUGUGAUUUCUGUGUGAGUCUGUGUAAUAAGUCGUCAUAGCCUAUAGAGAAUGUUACAUUUAAAUUGAGAGGCCUGUGGCAGUCCUUUUGUUGUGUUUAUGUUAAGCCUAUAGAUUGGCAAAGUUCCUGAAAUGUGUGGUUUUAUCUACUGUGGCAAUGUGUGUGUGUGUGUGUGUGUGUGUGUGUGUGUGCAGUAAAUAACUGGCAUUUGUUAUACCACUACUAUGUGUUGAGAAGGCCACAAGUAGGCUUACUAAACAAAAGAACAAACCUCUUCAGUGAAAGCCUUGUGGAUGUUGGAGCAUUUUUUAUGUAGUGUGAGUAAAAAUAUAUUUUUAUAUCCAUUAUCUGACUUGAAGGUCAACAGCUGUCAGUCUCUUUUGAUGAAGUCUUUUUGAUUUUAUGAAUGGCGAUAGAUGACAAAAGGGAUUUUUCAUGUGUGUAACCUCAUAUUUAUAACCGUAAGAAACAUGACAUGAUCAAAGGCCACAAUAAAGUUCCUGGAGACUUAAUAGCAAAUUUAUAAUAAUGUUUUUUUUUUUUUUCCAAGGAUGACAGUUUGUUUGCGUUUAUUUUAACUUUUCCUUUGCCAUGACAGUCAUUUUGCCAGAUAGUUUUUUUUGAAAAUUUUAGUUUAGUUUAAGUUUUUGAAAAUUAUAAUAAUAAAAAAUAAAGUUAUUUAAAAAAAACAAUAAAGCACAUUUAAAAAGUUCCUCAUGUUGUUUGAUUGGAAAUGUCACAUUAUUGUGUAUAAUGUUUGUUUAAGCAAUGACUUUUCAUAAAGGGUGCCAAUAAUUGUGGAGGGCACUAUUAAGGAUCAUGUAAAACACGGUGAACUAAGUGAAUUCUGUCCUGUUGUCACUUCUUCAAUAUUCAAUUAUUCACUGAUUUACAAUAUUCUAUAUCCGUAAGUUGCAAUUUUUUUGCUUGCUAAUUUUCUGUUUUAGGAAAUGAUGAGCUUAAGAUGGAAAUAAUGAUUGUGACAGAGCCACUGCAUAAAUAGUUUUUUCCCCCCAAUAUUGAAAUUGCAGUACUUGCUAGAUUAGUUAUUAAAUGUGCUGCAUUUAUUUAUAAUGUCUGAUAAAUGAGUGAUAAAAUGAGAGAAAAAAAAUCAUAAGAGUUAAAUAUACUUAAGUGGGCAGUUUUAAACUGAUUUAUGUUUAUUGUCGUGUUAACAACUUUAUUUUCAUUGGAGUUGACAUAUAGAAUGAGUGACAUUAAUAUUUAUAUUGUCUAAUAUAUCUGUAAUGACUGAAAGUGCACAAUGAUUUAUACACUGAUUAUUAAAAUAUUAAAUAUAAAAUAUAAAACAUUACAUUUAAUAUUACAGACUACAUUGUGGUUCAGUGUUCUUAUUCAUGUUAAUACAUAGUGCAUAGUUUUUUCAGUGAAACAUGGAUAUGAGACUAAUCCUCAACAGUUAGCUAAAGAUUUAUUAUUCACUAUGCUAACCUUAAACAUGGUCAUUAAACUGACUGUAUCCCAAAUGUUGGUGUUUGAGAAACUUGUACUGUAGCUAGCUAGUUCUUAUAAGCCUGGCAGAACACUGGGACGCUAAACACAAUUAUACCACAGUGGUGCAAAAUUCUCGAAUCUGAUUGGUCAGAAACUGUUUAUAUCGAUGUGUUUGAAUAAACACUUUAUUGUUUCUAUAGUACCAACACACAGGGACUUGUAAUGGUGGACGCUUCGCAUAAAUGGAAUUCACAUUAAGAGAAUGCGUGUAAUCACUGGUAAGAUUUCUGUACAUUUAUUUAACAUUUACGAAAGGAGUCUCCACACUGUAUCAGUCAGUAAAGCUGUCAGGUUUCUGCCACAGAGUAUGAAAAAAGAGAGGCUGAUGAGGGAAUGUCUGUUUAUAGCUGAUAUGACAUAGAUGACACCCAGAACUAACUUGUCAUUAUUGAAAAGAUAAUUUUCCUGUUUUAUUCCUAAUAUAACCUCCUGUUAAAUGUUACAGCGAACUAUAUACUUUGUAUCAUAAAAAAUACAUCAUAUCUAACGUGUCUAUGUAUGUUAAUAAACGGAGUACGAGCUGGCAGUAAAUAACGCUAACAGGGGUCAAGUAUACUAUAACAAGGGAACAACAGAAGUCAGCUGGAUGGGAAGUUGACUGAACCAGAAAGCCAGAGAUGGUUAUAAAACAGAAAACUAAUAAGUGGCUUGAAUUUCUACAAAACUGGAAUAUACUGUACUGUAGGUUUAACCCUAUGUUUGAUCUAAUCAGAAAUGCUGACACACACAUAUUGUCUUCCCACUGAGGUUUAAUAGUUCCAGGAUUAUUAUAGAUAACAGAUACCUUAAUAUUAUACCAUAUCCAAGAGGCCCUGGUCAUUUUAUUAGGUCCCCCUUUGAUCUCAGGACAGCCUCAAUAUAUACUGAGCCUAAAAAAGUGCAGUAUGAUGUUCCAGAAGGUUCCAUUUUAGGUCCCCUAUUGUUCUCCUUUAUAUACAGAGUGAAUAUAUGAAGGCCAUAUGUAUCAUAACACGUUAUAAUGCAUUCAGUAGGCAUUAUACACAAAAAUAUAAUUAUUUUUGUAAAGCGGCAUUACAGUUUUUCAUGAAGAAAUAAAUCAAGCCAGGUCUUGUGUUGCACUAUACAAAAGUGCUUGGUAUUGGUGUCAUAAUGUGUUAUGAAUACUAAUAGUAUAAUGGUAACAAUUCAUAGUAAAGAUAGCUAUAUCAUGUAAUGCAUUUUCAUAAAUAAAUUAACCCAUGUCUGUAAUGCCUUAUGAAUGCAUUAUACCAUGAUAUUGUUUAUUAUAACUGACCAUCACAGAAAGUGUUACCAAAAUGUCAUUUAGUUUAGAUGAUUUAAAAACAUGGUUAGGGUACACAGGAGAUAAAAAUGAGAUAGUUUACAUUUAAGUUUUCUGUUUCUCCAGCAGUCGAAUAGUAAAAAGGGGGUGUAGACAAAAGCACCUAAAGAUAAAGGAUUGAAACAAAGUAGAUUUGAUAGAAAGCCUCAAAGGGGCAUCAGUGAUUUCUGUUCUUGUAUUAGUAAGAAUAACAUGCAUUCAGUCAGAAGCAUAAUAGUGCAGAAUUAUUACUUUGGAUCAGCUGCUGUUGUCUUUAAAUGAGCUUUAUAAAUAAAAUUUGACAAUAGCUAAAGUGAUUAAUGACCAUCUCUUUGCCUUGAAUUUUGAAUUGUGUUUUCUUUUGGUUCUGUUGGAGCAGGAUAUUUUUAUGUUAAUGCUUGAGAUAUGUUUUCUUUUAAUAGAAAACCUGGUUCUUACUUGACAGACCACUAGCUGUUUGUUAGCACUAACUGACGUACUUCAGAGCCUUAAAACUUCAGGACGGUGUUCCACAAAGUUCUCAGUUACAUUCAUCCCUUUGCACAUGUAAUUCUUAAACAUAAUGUUGACUUUCACACUGAUAACUAGACCACAGAUGAUAGUCUAACUGACCAAAACAUUUUGUAAUUUUGUUGUAUGUUCUAAAUGCAGAUUUUGCCAUGCUUGGCUAUCUUGGAAGACUUCUACACUGAUGACACAUAACUUUACUUAUUAAUUAGACCAGAUUCAGCAGCAUAGCUAUGCAAUAUUGAAGACACUUUACAAUCCCAGAUAAAUGCUAAACCAACUCUAUUAAGUCUACAGGAAAGGAUGAAGUCAGUGUUAAAGGUAAUGUACACUCAUCACGUUUGUAAUGUUUGAAGACUUAUGUAAGGAAUGCAUAGUGUAAGGAAUACAUUUAAGGAAUAUAACAGUGUGGGUCAUUCUGUUAUAGUAAAAUACUGAGUGAUGGGGUGGUGUGAUAAAGCAGAGUUACUGUUAUCAUCUGAAAGUGGAUUAUUUUCCUAUAAAAGCAUGUCCCCAUUCCUCAUAUUCCUCUGCUACCACAGCAGUUUGCCAAACUCAUGUGCCAAUGGUUCCUGUUAUCUGUCAGUCUGAUCCAGACUACACUUCCCAUAAUACACACACCUUGUCACUAAUCACCACCAGUAUUAUAUAUUGGACUCUCUCUCACACACACUCACUGCAAAAGUAAAUGCUCAGUUUGUUUAGUGCAUCAGACUUUACUAAGCCUUCUAUUUCUGUGAUCACUGUUCUGUUUUUUUGUCUUUCGCAAGCUUCCUGGUUUUUGUGUUUUGCCUUAGCCCUGACCUAAGCCUGUUUUUUGAUUUUGAUCUUGCAUAAUGUUUUUGUAUUUCCCUGCGUGCCUUUCAGGGCCGGCGCUAGUUAUAGGCAGAGCAGGCAAUGAUUUUCAAAAUGCUAAAGAAGAUGUAAAAGUUUAAUAAAAACAGCAAUCGCAGCUAGGCUAGACCAUUGUUUAUUAUUUCAAAAAAGUACCUCAACUGUCUGUAUAAAUUCCAGUGAUAUUUACAUUAUCACAAUAACCUAUUUCAUACUUUUUUUAGUUUUCAAAUAAAUUGUGUUGUUGUAUUUACUGAAUAAAUACAAUUUAAGAGUACAAAUACAACUGAAGUUAACUAUUCUUUCUGCUUAGUAUUUUGUCUUCUUCACUUCCACUGUUGAUUUGGUUAUAGUGCAUAUUUAGGGUUUAUAAAUGCAAUAGAUAAUAUGACAAUCUAGCCUAUAUUGCUUCAGUAGGAGGGUGCAGUUGUGUCCAUCUCCAGCUAGAAAAAUGACAUCUUACCCCCCAUUUUACUGUAUAGAGUAGGCAAAAAUGUUUGUUAUCCCAAAUAGUGGGUUAGUGUGUUACUGUAAAUAAAUUACUGAACAAGAAGAAGAAGAAGAAGAGCUGGUCCAGAUGACCUUUCAUAUUUUUUUUAGUGUUGACAUUAGUUAAAGUUUAAUUAAUAUGCACAUUUAAGUAAAUAUAUACAAGUAAUGAUAACAGGUUUUGUAUAAAUAAAAAGGUUAGAAAUUUUAUUUCUUUGAAGUGCUUUUUAUUUAUUCUGAAAUGUGGAGAAAAGGAGGCCAGGGGGCCUCCAAUAUAAAUUUUGCCUAGGGCCUCCAAAUGUCGAACCGGCCCUGCUGCCUUUCAUUAAAAAUGCUGAACUGCAUUAAAACUGCAUCCGUCUCAACCUUCACUCUCAUGAUAUUAUCACAAACAUUACUGAGGGUAUAAACAGUCAUCUCCUCACCAGACUCUCUUUUUAAACUCUUCAGUAAGACAAAAAAAUAAAUAAAUAAAACCACUCCAUUUGAACAGAGUAAACUCGUCUGUCCUGAAGACUUUCCUGUGUCGGAAAACUGACAGCUUUAACUCUGGCUAUUACAAAGCGCUGACACUGGAGACUCCUUCCUUAAAUGUAAAAUAAAUGGCUCCUUACAGACAACUUCAACAUAUCAACAAUUAUUUGGUUUUAUUUGUUAAAUAACAGCACAAAUUUAAUCUGUUUUUAUUAGUCUUAAAUUAUGUGGAACAAGUCCCGAUGAAUGAGCUGUUACUAUAAAAAUGUUAUCAUUUUUAUAGUGUAUAUAACAAGUGCAUUAACAAGGUACUGUGGUAUAAAAAGAAAUGUACCACUAGCAAGAAAUCUUGUUAGAAUGGAUUCUAUGCAUUUUCAACAAAAUUGCAUUUUCGUCCAAAAAUGUCCAAUGUUCUGUUGAGGACAUUAUUUUUAUAUUUAGUAACCAAGCUUUAGGUGUUCAUACGAGCAUUUUUACGCUCCAUUUGAGUACUCCAAAGUAAUAUGCAAAAUGGCACUUAGUUCAAUUGAAUUUGGAAUUGUUUUUCACCAUAUUACUUUUGUUUAUUGGAUAGUUUAAUGUUUUUAGCAAACUAUCAAUGAAUGUUAAUUAAAUAACCCACGUAUCGUCUCAGUGUGUAGUGCUAUGCAAGGAAUGUGACAUUUUAAUCCAAAUGACUCCAUCUGUCCUGCUCUCCAUGCCCUAACCUCUCCAGUUUGAACCUGAACUUUAAGAGGCAAUGAACCACGAGAAGGCAGAGUGCUGCAUCUCACAUGAUCUCUCCACAGACACGGGGUCUCAUGAUGCUUAUUAGGACACAUCUAAAUCCACAAUUAAACUCAGAAUUUAUUCUAAACUGAAGGGACAAAUUUUCGAGCAGAAGUCAUGGUGUCUUGAAAAAGUCUGCUUAAACAUUCCCUAAACAACACAGUUGUUUGAUCCCUCUGGAGAUCACAUCACAACAUUUGAUAAACUUAAUGUGAGCAAAAAAUUAUGAAGAGUCUAUGAGGGAAAAACUUGAAUCAAACUGAUUUAACUCAGUCUGCUGGCAAAGUGAUGUCUAACUGAGUAUGUCAACUCACAAUGAUCAUCAAAUUUGAACUUUUAGAGUCUAAAGGUUCCAAGCAGAGCACAGCAGAGAGAGAGAGAGAGAGAGAGAGAGAGAGAGAGAGAGUCUUUUAAGCUCAUAAUCUGUCACGUGCUUACAACUGACUGGAGGCUUUUGGCAACACGAGACAAAACAGACUUCCAUUCAUCCAAACCAGGCAGCUUUUUAUUUCCUGCUCAGUCCUGAUCACAUCUCGAUUACUACUCUUACACACCACUCACUCAGUUAUGCAGUAGAUACCAGUACGUCUACAUUUUGGGAUUUUGGGAAGUUGUUUAGCAGUGUGAGCCUCUGUGAAAGCCUAAACCAUGACUCUACUGACAGAGGAGAAGCCCUACAAGUUCCCGCAGGAGAUGGGAAGCUACACCACCACCACCAUGAAGCGCCACUCCAUGGACUGCAGCCCUAACGGUGACUAUGUGGAUGCCAUGGAGGGGGCCGUGUUUAGGGCUGUGGAGCCUCCGAGGAGGUCGCAUGGACGCCUCAUCAUGCACGCCAUGGUGAUGUUCGGAAGGGAAUUCUGCUAUGCUGUGGAGGCUGCAUUUGUCACACCCGUCUUGCUAAGUGUGGGACUCCCACGAAGCCUUUACAGCCUGGUGUGGCUCAUCAGCCCUGUCCUGGGCUUCAUUCUCCAGCCAGUGAUCGGCUCAGCCAGUGACUACUGCCGCUCGCCAUGGGGACGCAGGAGACCCUACAUCCUUACGCUGGGGGUUAUGAUGCUUAUCGGCAUCACCCUGUUUCUCAAUGGAGAUGCUCUGGUAUCAGUGCUGGUGAGGCACGUCGGUUGGAAGAGAACGUGGUCCAUAGUGGUGGUCAUGUUUGGAGUGGUCAUGUUUGACUUUUCAGCGGAUUUUAUAGAUGGGCCGGUGAAAGCCUACCUGUUUGACGUGUGCUCUUACCAGGACAAGGAGAGAGGCCUGCAUUACCACGCCCUGCUUACUGGUCUGGGUGGAGCAUGUGGGUACCUGACUGGUGCGAUGGACUGGGGUCAUUCUGCACUGGGAGCCCUACUGGGCUCAGAGUACCAGGUCAUUUAUUUCUUUGCAGCGAUCACCUGGGGAUUCUUCCUCACUGUGCACCUCUUCAGCAUUCCCGAGAAGCCUCUGGGAAAGCAGCAUCCUACUGAGCCCUUGGUCCCCGGUGCCCCCUUGCUGCAGCCACCAGUAAUGAAUGGUUCCACAUACGGUUCUGUGACUAAAGAGCCUGAGCUGCGACCUCGCUCAUUCUCAGCUCUAAGCGAGGCCAACUCCAUCACAUCCAGCUCCAAGCAGCCGAGCAGUGAGGUACAGAAGAGGAUGACUCUGAAAUCAUUACUAUCUGCCAUGAUGAACAUGCCCAGUCACUAUCGCUGCCUAUGUAUCAGCCACCUGCUGGGCUGGACUGCUUUCCUCUGCAACAUGCUCUUCUUCACUGACUUUAUGGGGCAGAUUGUGUAUAAGGGGAACCCGUAUGCUCCUCAUAACUCCACCGCAUAUGCCACCUAUGAGAGGGGGGUGGAGGUGGGCUGCUGGGGGCUGUGCAUCAACGCUGUGUCCUCUGCUCUCUAUUCCUACAUACAGAGGCUGCUACUGCCCUACAUCGGCUUGAAGGGUCUCUACUUCAUGGGCUACUUUGUGUUCGGACUGGGCACAAGCCUGAUUGGUCUGUUUCCCAAUAUCAUCUCCACGCUGUCACUGUGCUGUGUGUUCGGGGUGAUGUCCAGCACACUUUACACCAUCCCAUUCAACCUGAUCUCAGAGUACCACAAAGAGGAGGAGGAGAAGAGGAAGCAGAGUGGGAAGGACGCACCUCUGCAGAGCAGAGGGACAGGAAUGGACUGUGCAGCUCUGACCUGUAUGGUGCAGUUAGCUCAGAUCAUAGUGGGAGCUGGACUUGGAACUCUAGUCAAUAUGGCCGGUAGCGUCAUAGUGGUGGUUCUAUCGGCUUCAACCGUGUCCCUCCUCGGCUGCCUGUUUAUUACUGUCUUUAUUAAACAUGUACAAUGAACUGGACACAUUGAAAUAAAUACAAAGGCUCUCUUACUAGUCUCUUUCA